GUCGGUAAAGAAGGAAUCACACGUUGUCAUAAGAAUGAGAUACAUGUUGUAGGACACGAAAAUUCGGCACCGUAUGUCGGAUCUAUUUUGUUGUUAGUCAAUGCUGUUAACUUAAACUGAUGGUAAAUGCAGUAAAUGAGUAGAGAAAAUCAACAAUGUGUCGAUCUGUUACGGAAAAUAAAUGGACACGAAGAUGAAAUUUGAGAAAUCGUUGCCACCGUUAGUUGAAGGCAAAAUUCAUGGUUAUUUGAAGUUUGUCGUAGACGAAGUUAUCUGGUCAAAGAAGAAUUUCGAUGAAAUUAAAGUAUUUGCAUCUUGGUGGGGAGAAACUGAUAGAACUGAAUUUAGAUAUUACAAAAGAUGUUGCAGAACAGAAAACAACUGAAAUUUAUGCCAUUCGUACAAAUAUAAAUCUCUUUGAGGAAUAUAUUAAGAAUUGUCAAUAUAUCGAAUUAUUGGUUGUUAGUAAAGAGACCAAUACAAUUAUAGGAACAUCGUGUGUCACAGAUUUAUUAGAGAUUUUUAAAUGUAACUCGUAUUUUAGAUAUGUACCAAUAGUAACUAAUUUUGGAACUAAAAUUGGAGAGAUUCAUGUUUCUAUGAAGUUAGAUUAUAUAACAAAAUCUCUUAGUAUGCAAUUCAAGGGACAUAAAUGUGAAAGGGAACAGACCACUGAUAAUACAGUAUAUUCAACCAGCAAGAAUUUUAAGAAUCAGGAUUAUUUGUUAACUGAUAAAUGUACCAUUGAUGAACAAGUAAAACCUAAAGAAAAUGAUCCUUACAAAUCUAUUUUAAAAUUGAAAAGGACAGAAUUUCAUGAACCUCUAAAUAAACUUAGUAACGAAGUAACAGGGAGACUUGUUGCUCAGAUUGUUACAAGAGCUCAAAGACUCAGAGGAAAUUUAUUUAAAGAAACAUAUGAUGAAGAUGAGUUAAAUUUUACUGACAAUUCUAUAAAUGAUAGAUUACGGACUGACGUGUGUGCUAAAAAUGAAGAAAAAUUUCAUACAUGUGUUUUGUGUGAAGAUAUAAUGCCAUCUAAUGGAAAUAAAACAUGUACGUUGAAAUCAACAACUUUGCAUCCAAGUUUGACAAAUCUUGUAUCUAAUAGUUUGAAAAACUAUAGAUAUGAUACUAAGAGUACAACAAAUAUGUCCUCUUCAAGAAUGAAUUCUUCAACAGGAGAUACACUUUCAGAAAAAAGAUUGUGUAUCAAUACGAAAGAUACAUUUGAUCUUGUUACUUACAUUCGAAUUAAUGUGGAAUCAUUUACUUUAAGUCCUGCUGGUUAUAGACGUGUGAAAUCAUCUUCAUUAUCACAUAAUGAUAAUAUCUUUUUAUCUGCAACAUAUUUUGCUCAAUAUGAUAUGAUAUUUCAGCACAUUAAGGAAACUGAAAAAAAGGAAAGUAAAUCUGUAAGAAUAAGUUCCAAAAAACAAAUAAAUCAAGUGAUUUAUUUUAAUCAUAACAAUAUGUAUAGAAUACCAAAACUGAAACAUUAUACAGCAUUGCAAAUAAAAUUUAAGAUAUUUAUUCGUCAUGUAAAUAAAAAAUUAUUAAUUGAAUUAGGCAAUGCUAUCAUUCAGAUUAAUGAUAUAAGAACUAAAACUUGGAAAUUUGCACAACAUUUAAUUAUACUUAAUAAAGAAAUAAAAACAGGUGAAUUAAAUGUAAUUAUCGAAUUAGGUUCAGAUUUUGAUCAUUGUGAAAGACAGUAUAUUGAUAAUAUGUCUAUAAAGGAAAACAUUCCUAUUUUGGAUACACCACAGUUACUUAAUGAAACUAGAAAUAAAAGAAGUAAAAAUAUUAUGGAAAAUCAGUCUAGAACAAGUAACGAAAUACCAGUAAUUUCAGACAGAGUAGAAAACUGUUCAACUAUUGAUAAUAAUUUAGUUACUACGAAAAGUAUAUCACAAUUAGCGGAAAGUAUAGAUAAUAAAGAAAUGGAUAUAAAAAGUGAUAAAAAUAAAGUACAAGAUAAGGUUUUACUUCAUGGUUUAAUAUACAUAAUUGAAGGAAAGGAAUUGUCAGAAUUAAAUACAUAUUUAGUAUGUAGAGCAUUUUGGAAAGAAGAUAAGACUAAAAGUCAAGUCUGUAAUGAUACAAGAAAUCCAUUUUACCAAUUUUGUCAAUUAGUACCUCUUACUUAUGACAGUGAUUUAUUGGAACGUAUUAAAGACAAUUACUUAAUUAUUGAAGUUUAUUCUAAAAAUAAUAAUACAGACAACUUAUUGGGAUUAACAAAAUUAUCUGUACAUCAGUUGUAUAUUGCGUACAGGGAUCCACGAGUAUUGCCUUGUUUAUUAUUAUCAAAGUAUCCUGUGGUGAGUAUAGAUGGAUGGGUACCAAUUGUAGAUCCUGUAAAUGGUCGAUCUUGUGGUCAGUUGCUUGCAUUAGUAGCUCUUGGAACUGCUGAACAAAUUAUGUCAUUAAAGAUGUCAAGAUACCUAGAAACUAGAAGUACUGCGUCACAGUUUUCUUACUACACAAAUCAUUCGCAAAUUAGUCCUCGAAUGCAUACUACUAAUAAAAUUGAAAGAGAAUCAUAUUUUUCAAAUUCAAAAACUCAAGAAUCUCAGACAGAUAUCUCAACUGUUAAAGAACUCAAGUUCAAUGAAAAAUCACAGGAAAAAGUUUUAAAUUCAGAAUGUUCUACUUUACAAAAUACAGUUGACUUGACGCAAGUUUUAAAUGUUAACAAGAUUAAUAUAGAUCAAGCAACACAAACUGAGAUAAAUUUGAAAGAAAAGCAACAAUCUGAUACAGAACAGAUAUGCUCAAAUGAAUUGAACUGUAACAGUUCUGAUUACAGUGAUAACAAUAGCGUUAAACAUAAUCUUUAUUUACCAAUAGAAAUGUACAGAAGCGUUGGAGUUGGUGCUGAGUACAAUGAAGGAAAUGAACAACUGACCAGCAAUCACAGUAAUACAACAUUUGAAUCAUCAGCUAUAAAUCAUGUAGAAAACGAAUCAACGAAUUCAACAUAUCAAAGUCAAACAAUGUUUAGAGCUAUUGUGGAGAUUGAAUGUGCAUUGCAUUUGCCAAAAAUAGAGAAAAUUAAUGAAACCAUUGAUCCAAGUACAUAUGUAUCAUUUCAGGCUAGUAAAUCUGAUCAUACAAAACAUAUAAAUUCGUAUAUGAUUACUAAUGUAUUUCCACAUAGUUGCAACCCUAAAUGGAACUGGAAAUGUGAUACUGAAUUACCAACAGAACUGCUUUUACAUGAUAAGAAGAGAUUGAUUUUAAAAAUUUGGCGUAUAUUAGAUACAAAUAUCAGCAUGGAAAUAAACUUAGAAAAAGAUAUUGUUAUUGGAUUUUCUGCUAUUGAUCUUUCUGUUUUAAUUAGUGGCUUUCCAAUGGUAUCUGGUUGGUUUCAUGUAAUGGACUUCACUGGAAAAUGCAAUGGACAAAUUAAAGUAUGCAUAACACCAUUAGAUAAUUUAUCAUUAUUUAGUAAAUUAAUGACAUCAUUAAAUACAACCCGACCAGCAUAUUCUAUGUCACAAUUAAAUUGGGUUCCAUUGCAUGUUUAUGAAGCACAUUCUUAUGAUAUAGAAAAAAAUAAAACGAAUAAUACUUCAUCAAUAGUUAUACAGGAAGAAGAGAAACCAGUAAAUAAUGAAAAUCAAUCAAAUGAUUCUGUCACUCAUAUUGAUUUAGAAGAUGUAUCUAUGUCAUUUUUAUCUUUAUCUUUAAAACAAAAAUUGACUGAAUUAGAUGAAAUUACAAAACGUCUAGAAUCACGAUUACGUGAUGUUACAAAUACGGCUUUUGAAGAUGAUUUGGAGAAUGAAUUUGAAUUAAACGAAUUAAGCAGUGAUAAUGAAAAUAACGAUUGUAAAAUUAUCACACCAAUAUUAUCUAUUGCCACAAAAGAUCACAAUAGCAAAAUGUGUCAUAAUACAAAUACCACAAAAAAUGAAGACCUUAACGCAUUAAAUGAAACCAGCAACCAAAAUUUUUUUCCUCAAACGUGUAUUAGUUACAAUAAUGCAAUUGGUUCUUCUAAAAUAUUGAAUCCUUGUGGUAAGCAAAAUUUAUCAAAUGACAAUUCUGAAACGCAACAAAGUGAACAUUUUGUGCAAAAUAAUAGAACAUUGGACAAUACUUUCUCUGACUACCCAGAACGAGGAACAAAAGCGCAUAUAAAUUAUUUACUUGACAAGCUAUCUCUACAAAUUCCUGCAGAAUCUUGUUUGACAAAGACUAUACCAAUGGGAAAAAGUAUUAUUAAUUUAUUGACACAUUUACCAGAUAAUAAUAAUUUACAAAACAGUAAUAAAUGUAAUCAAGAACAUAAAAUAUCUACAUUACAUACUCAAAUGGACAAACAAAUUAAACAAAAUUUGGAAAUUCCAGUAACAAGUUGUGCGACCAAUAUAGAAAUUAAUACAUAUGAUAAAAGUUCAUCCAUGCAUUCGCAAAUUUCUAAUAAAAUGUCAAAAGUGAUUCGUGAAGAAUUAAUUGCUGAAGAAAAUAGCAGUACAUCUAAAUGUGAUGAAUUAACCACAUAUCUUGUAACUUCAAAUGUUCGUCAUAUGGAUUUGAAUAAUAUUUGUAAUCCAUUUUUAUAUCAACAUUUAGUGCCUGACUUACAUCAUUCACAUACACCGUUUGAAGAAGAAACAAUUAAACAAUUAGAUAAUCGAUAUAGUAAAGUCUUUACUAAAUCAAUAAGUAACAGAUUAAAUAGAAUACAUAGUUCAAUAGAAACUAAUUUGUCUUUAGAAAAUGCUGAACAUUUUAGAACAACACCAUCUGGAGUGUCGGAAAAUAUAUUAUCUGUGCUCCAUAACACUAAUUAUAAUGACGUGUUGGCAAGUAAUAGUACAGAAUCUACUACAACUAUAUCACUUGAUAAUUCAAUGAUAAAAUCGAUUGAUUCAGAAAUAGUUGAAAAUAGUGAUUCUAUAUCCUCUAAAACAUCUGUUCUUGUAUUUUCAAGACAAGCUCCUGAUGGUGGUAACCCUAUAGAAGAUAAUAAAAAACCAUUGAUUAUACAACAGGAAGAUGAAAUUCUUCAUUUAUAAUCAAGUGAUUAUAAUUAAUAUGUAAUAAAUCCAUUACUCUCAUAAUUAUAAUCAUAAAUUACACUUAUAAGUAUAUAUUUUAAUUAUAUUAACAAUUUUUUUUUUAUCGUAUACAGUAAAUAGAUAUGAAAGUAAAGUUCUAUAUAUAUUUUAAUAGAUUUAUUUAAACAAAGUAGGUACAUUUCAUACGUAGUUUAUUAUUUUACAAUUUGUAUAUAAUUUCUAAUUAUUAAUUAAUAAUUUAUAUAAUAUUCAAAUCUUGUUGACAUAUUAAUAUAGAGAUAAUAUUGAGCAUUAAUCUCUUUAUUAAAAAAUAAUAUUUGUAUAAAACGAUUAUACUUUAUAAUAUAGAAGGAUAUAUUAUAUAUUUAUUAUCAAUUUAAUAAAUAUAUUAUUC